AUGGCCGUCGCACUCACGGCAAUGCCACCACUGCUCCUGUCCCUGUUCGGCACUGACCUUACACCUGCCCGCGUUUACAAGCCGCAUCGCGCCUGCCCUAUACGUACCACACGCCCGUGCUUAGACAAGGGCUUCGCCGGGCAGGUACAGACGGCAACCACAGGUAUCCCCAGCAUUAGCGCCACGGCUCUGUACGCUUGCCAGUACGGCGCAUGGGACUGCGGCAUGAGCAUCCACCUGCUCACCACCGCCCCUGGCCAAUGA